AUGAGUGGUGCGAUGAAUGGGACUGCGAGUGAAGAGCCGGUGAGACAACUGAAGUACUCGAAGCUGACGGACAGUGCGUUCGGUCCGACGCGAGGGUCUGAGCGGUCGGCCGGUUAUGACUUGUACUCCGCCUAUGACUACACGAUUGAGAUGAAGACAUACAUGAGGACAUCGCCGUCUCUGAUGGACACGUACUUCGACGUCAACUUCUCCUUCUUCGGCAACUUCUUGGCNAAUUUGUCGAAACAAUUAAAUACAGAAAUGAUUGCAAAUAUAAAUAACAAACACGAGAUUGAGAUGAAGACAUACAUGAGGACAUCGCCGUCUCUGAUGGACACGUACUUCGACGUCAACUUCUCCUUCUUCGGCAACUUCUUGGUCACCUGA